UUUUUUUUUUUUUGCAUCCCUUUUUCGAACCAUUAAACAUGCAUUCAACCAUUACUACACCUAGCCCUCGUGUCCUCAGUAUCCAAUCACAUAUCGUUUCGGGUUACUGUGGCAACAAAGCUGCUACUUUUCCUCUUCAAUUGCUCGGAUUCGACGUCGAUGUUCUUAACACCGUCAAUUUCUCUAAUCACACAGGCUAUCCAUCAUGGACUGGUGAGAGAGUUACAGGUUCUCAAAUUAUGAAGUUAUAUGAGGGCCUCCAGAUCAAUGGACUUGUAGAGUACACACACCUGUUGACAGGAUAUAUUGGCAGUGCACAAAACCUCACCGCAGUAACUAAAAUCAUUUCACAACUGAAGGCUCUUGGUGACCCUUUCUUUGUUCUCGAUCCGGUUAUGGGUGACAAUGGACAAUUAUACGUCCAUUCAGAUGUGAUUCCUUUGUACAGAAAACUCAUGAAGUACGCGGAUGCCAUUACCCCAAAUCAGUUUGAGGCAGAAGUGCUUACAGAUCGAAAGAUUACUGAUAUCAAGUCGUGCUUGGAGGCAAUUGAUAUACUUCACACUGCUGGAGUAGAGAAUGUAGUCAUCACAUCCGUCUCUCUGUCUCCAGAGGAUAUUGCUGCAAAUACUGAAGGAAAAUCUAACGAAGAGCCGCAUGGCAAGCAAGGCGAAAAAGCAGAUAAUUUGCCGAUGUAUUGUGUCUGCAGCAGUAAAGAAGAUCAAAGAGUAUUUGCAAUUGGGUUCCCAACCUACGACGGAUACUUCACAGGAACAGGAGAUCUUUUCUCAGCAUUACUUCUCGCUCGACUGGAUGAGACCCUCCAAGAAACUCAAGCAAGCAGCGCUCAAAAUGGAAUCGAGCAGUCCAAGGCACAAUAUGUGACGCCUCUUGCAAAGGCGAGUCUUAAAGUGGUUGCAACAAUGAAGGCAGUGGUAUUGCGAACAUUUUCGGCGCAAAAAGAGAUCACAGGGAAACCCAUUGACAAGGCGCAGGCAUCAUCUGCUGCCGUGGUAAAACGAUGCGAAUUGCGUCUGAUCCAGAGCAAGAAAGAUAUUGAGCAGCCGAAUGAAGAAGAGGUCGUAGCAAUCGAGCUGCAUAGAGUGUAAAGACAGAAGAAUGUAUUAAAUUAGAAACGCCCCCUUGGAUGACAGAGAUAUCUCCCCUUCAUUUUAGACUAGAGAGACAUACAUAUUAGAAUUUGUUCUUAAUACCAUAUCAUAUGAGCAUAAGCGCACCAGUAAAAGAAUGGACCUUUGACGGC